GUUGGCAACUAUGUUAUUGAAGAAUCUUAAAAAGCCAUAUAUAAUAAUGAAGAAAGGAUAUAUUUUUAUGGAUAUUAUGAUUAUUUUAUUAAUAUUAAUACAUAUUUUUAUUUCACCAUAUACAAAGGUUGAGGAAUCUAUGAAUCUUCAAGCAAUUCAUGAUAUUAUAUUUUUUGGAAUAAGAGGAGAAGGACUUAAAAAUUAUGAUUGUGUAAAAUUUCCAGGACCAGUACCUCGAACAUUUAUAGGAGCAAUUUUAACAGCAAGUGUAGUAGGACCAGUAGUUUUUAUUAAGAAUAAUUUGUUUAAUGGGAUAUCUAAAUCUAAAGUUCAAUAUCUAGUGAGAGGUACUUUGGGUAUAUAUAAUUCAUUAGCUAUUAUUAUAUUUCGACAGAAAGUGAUUAAAUAUUAUGGUAUGAAUACAGGAUUAUGGUAUGGUCUUUUUCAGGCGUCACAAUUUCAUAUAAUGUAUUAUGCAUCAAGAACAUUACCAAAUAUGUUUGCAUUUGGAAUAUAUACAAUAGGAGUUUCAUAUUUUAUUGAAAAGAAAAGAAAAGAUAUAUCAAAAGGACUAUUUAUUUUGACGUUUACAGCAGUAAUUUUUAGAUUUGAAAUUAUAAUAUUGGUUAUUACACAUUCAGCAUAUUUUUUAUUUCAUAAUAAGGCUAUAAUAAAGGAUGUGAUUAAGGGUUCAUUUUUAGGAGGCAUUUUGGGAUUAAUUUCUAGUAUGAUAGUUGAUUCAUGGUUUUGGAGGGAGUAUUUUUUAUGGCCAGAAGGAGUGGCGUUUUAUUUUAAUAUUAUAAAAGGAAAAAGUUCAGAAUGGGGGGUUUUGGCAUGGCAUACAUAUUUUUCUAAAUAUAUACCAAAAUUAUUAUUAAAUCCUUUUUUUUUUAUUCUUUUGGGGAUUGCUCUUCUUAAACGUCCUAAAGAUACAAUUAAUCUUUUGGUUCCAAAUAUUUUAUAUGUUAUUAUUUAUUCACUACAACCACAUAAAGAAUGGAGAUUUAUUGUAUACAUUAUUCCAUCAUUGACACUUGCAGCUGCUAUUGGAGCAACAUGGAUCUAUAAUAGAAAAUACAAAUCAUUGGUUUUCAUGAUAGCAUUUUUAAUAUUAAUUAUAACAGUUUUAAUGACUUUCAUUGCAAGUUUAUCAAUGUCUUUAAUAUCUAGUUUAAACUAUCCAGGGGGAUGGUCUUUAAAAGCUUUUCAUAAUCUUGAUUUAUAUGAAAAAGAAAAGGUUCAUUUAGAUGUAUACACCUGUAUGACAGGUGUAUCUCUUUUUUUAUGUGAUAAUGAAAAAAUUAUAUAUGAUAAAACAGAAAAUAAAACAGAAUUAAAUAAUUAUGAUUUUUUAAAAACAAUUGAUUGGGCUAUUAGUGACGCAUCUAAUUUCAAAUUAAAAGGAGAUUGGAUUAUAAAAGAUGCUAUAUCAGGAUAUUCUGGGUUUGAAAAGGUCUAUUUCAAUAAUUCAAUUGGUAUUUUAGCAAAAUUGUGGUAUCCACGUGUAAAAAUGGAGAAGAAAAUAUUAAUUUUAAAAAGUAAUAAACAUUAAAGAUAAAUUGUAUAACAUAUAAAAAUGAUAUUAUAUUAAUAUA